CCUGCCUGGUGGCGGGGGCCCAGGAGCGCGGGGGCGGUGGCGAGAGGGCAGCUGCGGCGGCCGGUGGCAGAUCAGGAUGGUCCUGGCCCAGACCUUUGCCAUCUUUCUACUGAUGUAAGCACCAAAAAUCUCAUCUCCUGGACAGGCAGGUCCUCACUACCCCGCGACGCCACCCUAGCCACUGGCCCCACCUUGACCUGCUGCUCAACUCUGUGUUCCCGUUCAUGGCAAUGCCCCGGAAUUCAGCUGGAGAAAAUGGCUUUUGCUUCACUCAGACACUUGAUUUCUCCUGCCCAUCUCCUUGUCCCAGAGAGGUUGGUCAGACCUUCGAUGCACUGAGUGGGGAGGAGGCCUGCAGAACCUUGCUGAGCAAUGGCACAGCAUCCUCUGGUGUGCCCAGCCCCUCUGAUUCUUGUGCCCAUCCCCUCUGCUCCACCACCCCAGGAGAAGAGGAGACCCAGUUCAGCGAAGGGAUUAAAUACGUCUCGGCCGAAGGGGAGGAACUGGCGUGCGGCUGGGGGGGCUUCACCCCUGGGUGCUUGCAGCUCUUUAACACAUCCAAGGGUGUCUUGUUCUUCCUCUGCGUGGCCUCCUUCCUGCAAGGCAUGACGGUGAACGGCUUCAUCAACACGGUCAUCACCUCCAUCGAGCGGCGCUUCGACCUCCGCAGCUACCAGAGCGGGCUGAUCGCCAGCUCCUACGACAUCGCAGCCUGCGUCUGCUUGACCUUCGUCAGCUAUUUUGGGGGCAACGGCCACAAACCACGCUGGCUGGGCUGGGGCGUGCUGGUCAUGGGCCUGGGCUCCCUGCUCUUUGCCUUGCCCCACUUCACCACGGGACGCUACGAGGCACGUUCGGCAGCAGAGGUGGGCGUCUGCGGGGGCAACCAGAGCCUGCCCUGUGCCCAAGCUGCCUCCAGCCUUUCCAGCUACCGGUUUGUCUUCAUGCUGGGGCAGUUCCUGCAUGGAAUGGGGGCCACGCCGCUCUACACACUUGGUGUCACCUAUUUAGAUGAAAAUGUCAAGACUAACUACUCCCCUGUGUAUAUUGCUGUGUUCUACACUGCUGCAAUCCUGGGGCCUGCAGCGGGUUAUCUGGUAGGAGGAAUGUUUCUAAAUAUUUAUACUGAAAUUGGCAGAGAGACCGACAUGGCCCCAGAGAACACACUGUGGGUGGGGGCAUGGUGGAUUGGCUUCCUCGGGGCUGGAGCAGCCUCCCUCCUCAUCUCCAUCCCCAUCCUGGGCUACCCCCAGCGCCUCCCAGGAUCCCAGCGGUACAUCGUGAUGAGAGUGUCAGAGGCUCAUCAGCUCAAGGAUGGGAGCCACAAAAAAGCAUCAGAUCCAGACUUUGGGAAAACAGUUAAAGAUCUACCUCGAUCAGUACUGCUGCUUCUGAAGAACCCUACCUUCAUCUUCCUCUGCUUAGCAGGAGCAACUGAAGCCACCCUCAUCGCUGGGAUGUCCACAUUUGGACCCAAGUUCCUGGAGUCUCAAUUUAGUUUAAGUGCCUCUGAAGCUGCUACCUUUUUUGGUUAUCUGGUUGUUCCAGCUGGAGGAGGAGGCACUUUCCUGGGAGGAUUCCUUGUGAAUAAGUUUAAACUCCGCUGUUCAGGAAUCAUCAAACUGUGUUUACUCUGCACAGUGUCCAGUCUGCUGGCUAUAUUCAUCUUUUUUAUUCACUGCCCCAACAUGCCAAUGGCAGGAGUAACUCAGAUGUAUGGGGGAAGUGCUUUGCCUGGUGGCCAGCUAAACCUGACAGCAGCCUGCAAUGCUGAGUGUGGCUGUCUACAGGAGACCUACAGCCCUGUCUGCGGGAGUGAUGACAUUAUGUAUUACUCUCCCUGCCACGCUGGGUGCAAAGAAGUGUCUGAAAACCUUAGGAAUGGUAAGAAGGUCUACCACGAGUGUAGCUGCAUUGAGAAAACCCUCCUGCCUGGCUCUGGUGAUGCAGAAGCAGGGAAGUGCAAUUCCUCUUGUGCAAAAAGACCCCUGCUCCUCUUCUUCAUGUUCAUGGUGAUCCUCUUCACCUUCCUGAGCAGCAUUCCUGCCCUGACCGCCACUCUGCGGUGUGUCUCCGACAGGCAGAGGUCUUUUGCACUCGGGAUCCAGUGGAUUGUGGUACGGACGCUAGGAGGCAUCCCUGGCCCCAUUGCCUUUGGGUCCAUGAUCGAUAAAUCCUGCCUGUUGUGGCAGGACCAGUGUGGUGAGCAAGGUUCUUGCUACGUGUACCAGAACUCAGCCAUGAGCCGGUACACCCUCAUCGCUGGACUGGUCUACAAGGUGCUUGGGACAACCUUCUUUAUAGUCGCCUGUUUACUCUACAAACCUCCACCAGCAGAGUCAGCUCCGGGCAGCUCAGACACGUCCGAAAAUGGCAACGGUGACCUCCAGGAACACAAACCUUCACUGCCAGCUGAAGAGGACAGCUAAUGCUGUGUGUGUGCAAGUGACUUUCUCAGCCUCAGAAAUAUAAGCAGAGGACAUUAUGCAGUAAUAUUAUCACUUAUUUUCCCCCCCCUCCCCUUUUUUUUAGUUGAAGAUAAAUAAUUUAAUUAACCACUGGUGUACUUUUUACUUUCCCAACAGCAGAAGCACCUUCCAAGUGGUGUGCUGAUGCCAUAUGCAGUUCUUUAAUUUAAUUUAAUUUAAUUUAAUUUAAAGAAAGGGCUACCAUAGCUUUAUCUCUGUGGCAGGCCAGGACCACAUUCACCACUUGUGGAAAUAAGCACCGGUAACUCCAAUGGAGCACAUGGAAUCAUCAGAGGAUCUGGGCUCUAAACAUCUCAACUGUUAAGUCAACUGUAGCAAAGAUUCUGUUGGGACUUCCUAAGCCAGAGAAGAGCCCUGCUGUCCUGAGGUCUGCAUGGCAGAGAGGACAACUGGUCCUUAAAGCUACUGUAUGCAAAGCACAUGGUGCCAAUCUGCCUUCCUCCUUUCUGUGACACACAACAUUGCUCCUUUUGUUCAGGAGCAGGUUAUCUAAUUAUGCAAAUUUGUCUUACUGUGCAAUGGGAGAUGGGUCUGAGGGGAGAUUUGUCUACCAAAUUCAUCAGUGCACUACAGGCAGCCAGCUCCCAGAGCUGCUGAGUGCUGCACCUCCACUGCCUCACUUCAUCGCAGGGUUUACACCGUGGUGACACUUCGGUUUCUUUUCUUGUCUCGUUCCAAGCUGAUGCCUUUUGUAAUGUACUGUGCAAAACUUGAACUUACCUUUUGCUGGUUUUGGGUGUGGGAGGACAAGGGGUACAGAUCUAUGCAUGGUGUUGGGAGACAAGGGGUACUGAUCUAUGCAUGGUGUGGGAUGACAAGGGGUACUGAUCUAUGCAUGGUGUGGGAAGACACAUCUAUGCAAUGCUUCUCUGUGCUUGCUUCAUAAAGACAUUGAGUUCAGGUAGAUGAGAAAAGUCAGAGUGGAUUAGGUUUGUCUCUUGACCUCUAGCUUAAGGGCUAGCUUGCCCUGAAGACAGACUGCCUUGUGGACAGGGGAUGCUGACUUGUAGCUGGCUCGUUUGUGAGUAGAGAGGGCAGCAUUCCCCAAAUGACUUUUGACUGUGCACUUGCAAUAUUGACCAGGGCCUUUCUGAGGGGAGAGAAGUGGAAUUUGGAUGGGUGUAUGUCUGGCUUCCCUCUCAACCCAGCUCAGGUGAGGUUAGUGCUUAGUCUGCCUGUGUUUGCACAGCCAUACAAUCCAUGUACAGCUGAGAGGGAGGGCUGUGGCCAGCCUCUUGACACCUACACUGUAUAAAUCAUGUUUCUGGGGACAGGACCUAUCUUGCUGAGCUGCAAACUGUCCCUUCUUUUGUGUCAGCCACUACUUUGCAGAUGUUUCCGUAUAUUUUGUGUAUUUAUGCUUUUGUAAAUGGACAUGGAAUGGGCAUUUGUUUCCUUUGUUAGCAAAGGACCAACUCUCAGAGAAGAACUGAGGCCAAUCCUGUUGCAGACAGGAAUGGUGGCACUGGGAGUGUAGUCAGUCUUCAGUGUCAAGAAAGCAAAUUCCCUUCCACAAAGUCAAGUAGUGACCCUCUUGCUUCUUCCACACUUCCCAGCCUCUGCUGGGAGAGAUUUGAGCAUCCUCAGUAACUGCCUGAAAGGCUAAAGGUGCUACGGGUGAGUGGCUUUUGGCUGCUUGAACACAGGCAGCUGGUGCAGCCUUGAUAGGGCACAGCAUGCAGGAGAGCCCUGUUUUUCCAGGGAGGCAGGAUUAGUCUCCCUGAUGCAGGAGGUAAUCCUGACACCACCCAAACGUCAGAAGCUUCUUCACAACCUCCACCUGGGUUUGGAGCUACUUGCAAACAUGAGCCUGUCUCUAAGCCUUGCCCAAAAAUCUCCCUUCCCAGCUUACAGGCACUUAGGGUACAAGCAGGGAUCUCAGGUGGGGAAAAUGCACAAAUGUAUUUGGGAAACAUAUUUUGUGUCUGAUGUAUUUAUGAAAGGAAGAAGGUUUUCCAUAUACAUAUAUAUGGAUAUUGCAAUGCAGUUCUAGUGUCUAUAAAAUGAGCUUUAUUUGAGUGUGAUCUUUCCAGAGCAAAAGAAAAGCUCCUGGGAUUUAGGGCACUGUGUUGCUCUGGGACUGGUAAGUCAUGGAUUUAAGUAAGCAACAACAAAGUGCUCCUGUUCCACAAACAGGUUAUGUAGUUGUACAGGUAACUUAAAAUGUUUGGAAGUACGUUUCCCAGUCUCAGCUGAAGUGUUAUAUUGCUAUAAAAGCAUAGAAAUAUAAUCAGUGUUUCACAGGUA